CGAUCUAAGCAAGCUUGGCUGUCAGUUCAACCCGGGCAACCGGUUGGAGUGCAAUCGUGUUAGGUAGAUUUGUGUCGGACGCGCUCUGCCGGCUUUUACUGGCAACCAAUCAACGAUAAACUAAUGUAACGAGAAGAAAUCAACGUGAUGGAAAGACAAGCACGCACAGGAGUAUCUUGCUGUCUGAAAUUGUUGAAGUUAGUUCAUACGGAACAUGUGUUUAUAACGUGUAUUGUACGUGACGUGACAAACACGCAAACCACAGCGGUUUCAACAAACUGGUGCUCAGCUGAGAAAGAUCGCGAUGGAACGUCAUCACCAGAAUCCGCUCUAUCCGUCGAAUUCAGGCUAUCCUUUUCUCCGAAAUAUCGACGCGGCUCAUCUCAACGCGUCUCACUUGUCUCCGAUGCGUUCUCAGCCGCAGGAUAUGACAGCCGCUCAAUCACCCGCGUCGCAAGAGGAACAUGUGAAACGACCAAUGAACGCUUUUAUGGUGUGGUCUCGUAUGGAGCGAAAAAAACUCUCCACAAACAAUCCGAAGAUGCACAAUUCCGAGAUCUCGAAGAUACUGGGCAAAAGGUGGAAGGAACUUACGGACGACGACAAAAAGCCAUUCAUCGACGAGUCCAAACGAUUACGGAAUCAACACAUGGAGCAGUAUCCGAACUACAAGUAUCGGCCCCGAAGAAAACCCAAGGGACUGAAAGAUCCGUCGAGGCGCGUAAAUUCGGGACCCUUUCCCGGCUUCUCGUUGCCGCCUUAUUUCGCCUCGACCGGCGUCUCUCAUCAUCAUCAUCAUCCACACCAUUUGAACGCUUAUCCGCGUUUACCGUAUUCUUUCGCGAGCGGUUUAGAAGCCGUCCAUUUCAACAAAUUGGUCGCCGCGAACUCUACCGCCGGAAUAGUACCACCUUGCACCACGGCGUCCAAUGACAAUAACAACAACGCGGCCAGCGCGGUCGUCAAUGGAUUCUAUUCAAAUUUCUACCUUCCGACCCCACCGGCGGUAAGUAAUCCAUCGACGACGCCGCAUCUGAGUCCGCUCUUCUCGACUAGUCAUCAUCCGAUAGGAACCACCGGAUCCCAUUCCCAAUUGAUGUUUCCCGCGACAUCCGGAUCUGCAUCCGGAAACAACAAUAUUUCUGACACCGGUUCUUCGCCGUCGUUCUUGCCACCUGUGACAUCCAUGUUAGAUUGCGAUCAGUUUCACAGACCUGAUCCUUCGUUGAGAUGAUAAACAACAGAAUUGUUUAAAAUUAUUUGAAGAGUCUGAGAGUUUUAGCGGUAGAAAAAAUUUAAUGGAACGCUCGAAAUGUACAUAUAGUGUAUAUAAUUUAGAAAAGUUUUUCGGGAAAAAGAGAGGGAGAGAGAGAGAAAAGAAGGAAAAAAGAAAUGAAAGUAAUAAAAGGAAAUAAAAUUGAUAAAAUGAUUUUUGUGACCAAUCGCUUCGCUGGCUUGUUGAUCGUCCUUGGUGGUCUUUUGCGAGAAUGGCUGUUGGCAAGGCCGUCUCGCUGUCAACGACGCGGAUAAUUGAAUUAGCAUAUUAAUGCAGCAGAACAAUGGAGUCGUUUAGGUCCGGAUUCGUUUUGUCUCGUCCAAUGGGUUUUAUUGUAGCGCGGUACUCGCGAAUGAAUAGCCACAUUCUAACCCUCCCAGAUUCUUCAUUUUGUUUCCAAAUAAUGUUUCCUAAUUGCGGAUGCACUUUUAAAAUAACCUAAACUUACGCAUACCUUGGUGUAAAGAUUAUAAUGUUACAGCGAGAGACAAAUACAUCUGAACAAGAAAAUUAAGUGAAUAUAAAUUUAUCUAUAAAUUAUAUAUACACAGUCAAAGCUUUAAAAACUAAUUUAAAU